GAACGUACUCAGUCAGAGGGACAAGAAUGUAUAUAUGGUGGAUAGCGAAUAAAAUAUAGUGCGCACUAUAUUUGAUAUUGUUUUCUUUUUAUAUUAGAGCUGACUUAAUUAACUUUAUCUGGAAAAUUAUGAAGUCAAUGAGCCUUCAAGAGCGACAUAAUUAUAUUUUAAAAAAAUUCAUUAUAUCUGAUAAAUCUUUCGAAGGCAAGAAAAAUUCUUAUGACAUAGAUAUAAUAAAGGAACAUCAUCGAUUUUUAUGGGAAGACAACGAAUUAAGUGAUGGUGAAAAUUCAUGGGAAAUGUGUAUGGCUAGACGUUACUAUAACAAAUUAUUUAAGGAAUAUUGCAUAGCAGAUUUAACUCUUCACAAGGAAAAUAAAGUUGCAUUGCGUUGGCGUACGAGGGAUGAAGUAGUUUUAGGAAAAGGGCAGUUUCAAUGUGGGAGUAGGAAAUGUGAACAACGAGAAAAUUUGAGCAGUUGGGAAGUAAAUUUUGCUUAUAACGAGCAAGGAGAGAAUAAAAAUGCGUUAGUGAAGUUGCGACUAUGUGAGAAUCAUUCGAAGCAGUUGAAUUUCACUUCACGAAAACGGGAAGUUAAGCGCUUAAAAAAGUUUUCUGCUACAAAGGGGCAAACGCAGCGAAAAAAUCAACGAAAUUCUCCAGUAGCAAGCUGUUUUGAAAAUAUUGUAUCCGAAACAAAUGAAGAAAGUGAACCCGAGAGCAGGAUAUGGAACCGCAGACUAAAUGUAGAACUAGAGCAACCAUCUCGUGAAAUUGAAUUUGAACGCUAUUUAGAAGAUCUUCUUUUAUAGUUUAUGAUAACCCCUGUCUAUUGAUUAAUUUUAUAAUAUAAUAUUAAUUCAUGAAAUAUCUUAACUGCACCUUAUGAAUAUUGAUAAAACUAUUA